AUGGUACUUUUGCUGAGUGCUGGAAACCAACCGCUUCCGGUCGUGUGUCUGUUGGUGGUGUGUUUAAUGCCCGGGUUUGACCACUCGGGACCAUCCGCCAGCGCACUACUAUUGCCCGAGUACGACUACGCCAGUGACAUCCACCAGCACGAUAUCGAACGGGAUCUUUUGCCAUCCUUCGACGGGCGAUCGUACUUCCUGCCGGUGCCAGAAGCACCGGACGAUGAGGACGAGCUUUUUCGGUCCGACUUUAACCUAGCGACGUUCCGGCCGAUAUCGCCAACGCCCGGUUUCACGCUGGACCCGUCGUACAUUUCACCCGCGGAUGUUCUUCCGGCCCGGGCCAAGCGUGCCAACCGGCAGGAUCGGCGAAGGUCCGCCAAGCAGCGCAAACGAGAGCAGCACAAGGAACCACUUGCCGAUGAGCGCGACGCCGACGAGGAUGACGAUGAGGACGAUUAUGGUGAUGGUGAGCAGGCAGCGAAGGAUGCGCCCGAACACGACCGCAGCGAUGUGGAGGAUUACGCCGAGCGGUACGAGCGGUUCAUCGCGAAACACUUCGAUGAUCUGGCCAGCGAGCGGAAAAAGUCCGCCCCACAGCGUAAAGCCCCGAAAGCCAAGUCCACUGGCAAGGAUGCCGACGAUGGUGCCGAGGAAGAUGGUGACUACAAAUUCGAUCGAUUCGAUUACGGCUCGUCGGAGGACUACGAGCGCAUUAAGGCGGAAUCCGAGGAGCAGAGCCGCCGGUUAGCGAAGGACCCCCGGAACUGCCGGACGUACGAGAAGGACGGCAUGGUGUGCAGCGUCUGCCACGAUCCGGCCAGUGACAGUGCGUCCGAGAGCUGCGCGUACGCCACCGAACCGCACCACCGGAAGUACGCCUUUGUGAAGGAGCGCAACUACGACAGCAAGCAGGACGAUCCGAACCGGCAGGCCAGCGGGCCGUCUCCCGCAGACAGCGCGGACGAGGAUGAGCAGGAUCAGGAUGGUGAGACGCGUGCGGAACGGCAAACGGACGGUGAGGUUCCGUCGGUCGGACGGCGUGUCCCUCCGUUGCCACUUCGCAAACCGGCCCUGCGCACCAAACCGCACCAGUCGGCGACGAACGGUGGCGGUUAUCGGUACCAGCCACAGGACCUCCGGUCGAACCGUGCCAGCAUGAAACUGCGAGCGGCCGAACCCGACGCGACGAAGGACGCAAACAUCUACGUGAUGGAUUACGAGGACCAGGACGAGGUGGCCAAGGUACUGGCCGAGUUCCGGACGCGUGACUGGUCCAACUGUCGCAAGGGUAAACGCAUGGCGGAUGACGAGCUGACGUGCUACCAGUGCAAGGAUGCGGCCGGCGUGAACCAUGAGGAGUGUAUGUACGUGUCGGAAUCGCGUCAGGUUGCGUCCAGUAUCGUGCAAGCGCCACCGGCGCUGCGGAAAAGGAAGCGAGUGGUGCCGCUUUCCCGCCGAGAGUUGGCCGCCCUUGAGCCUCUGGCGUCGUCCACCGGUGGGCCCGCGAAGGAAAGUCAAACCGUCAAGCGGACGGUGUCGUUCCGCAGUUUUGUCUCCGAGUCUGGCCGGGAUCGGGCAUCGGUGCCACUAGACGGAUCCGACGCUAGCGAGCGGGUGAUUCACUACGAGCAUCACAUAUCCCAUGAGGUUCCGUAGGUUGACGCGCCACCAC